UCAGGACAACGGAAAGUAAAAUAGAAUUAUUUUUUAUUAAUAUCCUAAAUUCGUUACACCUCAAUUUUAGUUAUUUUUUUCUACGCUUUCUUAGCAUAUCCUAGCUUUCAGAAAUUACGUGAGAACUUUGUACGUCUCGCUUCCCAACCUUUGGAACAUAAUUUGACAUUUGACACAUCGAAAACAAAUAAAAUUGACAGUUGAGACACAAAAACGAAAUAAACCUUGAGGUCGUAGACAUGAAUAAAUAGAAUUUAUUGAACUUAAAUCGGUCGUACAUACAUCAUCAGUUCACAACAUGAUGGAAAUCGAAAUCGAAGAAAAUUGCGCGCAAUCAAACGACCAAACCCCCGAAAAGAAAGCCGUGAACGAACUGAAAGAUAUGUGCCUGGACAAUGCGCAAUAUUUUUCGAAAGACAGCAGCGAAAACGGUCAAAGAUUAUACAAUUCGUUCCUGACUCUCAUCGACGCGUUGGAUUUAAUAUGGCCUAAAGUGUGCAGCAUUAAAAUUCGCGUAACCGAGUUCGAUAUCGACGAAACUACCCCCGGCAACGGAUAUCGAAGUUUCAUCAACGUUUUCAACAUGUCAGUUACGUAUGCGUCGGGGCUGAUUCGUAACGUCACGUCGCAAAGAUCUAGCGCUUCAUUUGAGAAAACCUUACCUACCAAAGAUAUUGAAACAUGCUCGCAUUUAAUAUCCAGCCUGGAUACAUGCUUCGGACAUUUGCAAACGAUGAUGUCGUGGAUGUCGGACGGGAAUUUGUUUCCCGAGCACAAAUCGAUGGACGAAAUGAUUUCCGUUUGCCGGGGUAUUAAUCAGUAUUGCUUUUACGGGAGGUGCGUCGGUUUUCAAUUUUGCCAAUCCUUGAGGGCUAUAUUGCAAUUCGUCUCCCUCUCUAUGGCGAUCUUUUCCGAAGCCUAUUAUACUCAGGGCUUAAAUUCAGGUUCUUUAUUCGCGAAAGCGAAGAAUUCGGUGGUGACUGCCGUGAAGUAUAUCUUGGAUCCAGAGUUGCGCGCUAGACGAAUCGUAAACAUUUCUGAGAACGCCGACGUGGACUUUUGCAAAUCGUUCUGGUUCUUGUCGGAGUGCACGCCGAUGAACGGAUUGCCUUCGGUAGUCGGAGUCGACGUUUGUCAGGCCAUCAGCCUCACACCCCAGCCGUUCGCCCUCGAAAUUGACGACCGAAUCAUCGAAGUUCCCGUCCCGAGCUCUUAUUUAGGUCCCAAACCCGUGCACCUGCGCCUCAUAAGUUACAAGUUGCGGAGGGGCAUGUUGGGGAGCAAAAACAAGGCACCGUCGGAACCGCCGGCGGACGGACUGAUCGUCCAUUGUCACGGGGGCGGGUUCGUGUCUCAAUCUUCGAAAUCGCACGAGAGUUACCUGAGAGAUUGGGCCAAACGAUUGAACGUGCCCAUAAUUAGCGUCGAUUACAGUUUGGCGCCCGAGGCCCCGUUCCCCAGAGCCCACGAAGAAAUGUUGUACGCUUACUGUUGGAUAUUGAAGAACCACCACCUCUUGGGAAGUACCGGCAAACGAAUAAUCGCCGCGGGCGACUCGGCCGGCGCGAACCUGCUCCUCUCGCUAACCUUGAAGUGUGUUAACGAAAACAUCCCGCCGCCUCACGGCGUCUUCGUCGCCUACGUGCCCACCUUGAUAAAGUUCGUGCCGUCCCCGUCCCGCCUCCUAUGCAUGAUGGACCCUAUGCUGCCGUUCGGGUUCAUGAUGCGCUGUUUGAAGGCGUACGCAUGUCCUAUCGGGCAGCCCGAGUUGGGUGGCGGCUACCAUUCGGACACUGAAAGCUUCGAGGAAAUAUCCGAAUCGGAUUUGGACGAGCUGCAGGCUCACAAAUCGCCAGUGUCUGACGCAUCGGACACUCUCACUUACGGCUCACUCACAUCCAACCCUGAAGAAGAAAUCGAUGGCAAAGGGGCGGAGGAAAUCGAAAAGAACGAGAUAUACGCGACGCGUAUUGUGCAGGAGUACAUUUUGAGCACGAAGGAGGCAGAACCACCGAGGUCUAGUACCGCCGACGACACCUGCACCGAGAGUUCCACGUCGACGAUGGAGUCGGUGCAAUUGAAAGUUACGGAUUUCGUUGCCAACAUUAAGGGUCAGUUUACCAAAUUCCUAAAGGAAUCGGCGGACCGGAAAAAAAAGACGCCGAAGGAGUCGGCGGUCCAGAAUGAGCACGAAACCCAGGGGCGGUCGCCGGCACCUCACAAGAAACUAUCAUCCAGUUUGCUGGAGGAGGUGUGUAACUUCUCCGUGCCUAGGGAUCCUUACCUCAGUCCGUACUUGGCGUCCGACGAGGAUCUGAAUAUGUUCCCCACCACCAAGAUAUUGACCGUCGAGCUGGACCCUUGCCUUGACGACUGCGUCAUGUUCGCGAAGAGGUUGAAGAGGUUGGGAAAAGACGUGACCUUGGAUAUUUUGCAAGGUUUACCCCACGGGUUUCUAAACUUUUCAUUGAUUUCGGAAGACGCGCAUGCGGGUUCCAAACUGUGCGUGCAGAGAAUAAGGGAGCUGCUAGAUCCAGAGUCUUCCGUAAACCCGGCAAACCUUACAUAACCGCAGUUGUUUGCGGCGGUUGUAGAAUAAUGUAUUUUUAUACAGAUCGAUAUUGUUGCUCUCUUUGAUUAAUAAUCUCAAAUCGAGAAUAUACUUAUAUUUUCGUUAAUUAAUUAUAAUUAUAUUAGUAAUUUAAAUGGGCCAUUCCACAGGAAAAAAGCAAACUUUGUAACGUCACACUUAUUUUUUGUUCUGUCAUUUGCGCGACCGUAUUUAAGGGGAUUUCUCAGGUCGUUUUAUGAAAAAAAAAGUUCCUAUAAACGUAGUUCGGGAAUUUCCUAGAUACAGCAAUAUUAUCAUUUUUUUCGAAAUAUUUGGGCGGAUUUUUAAAAACUCUUGCUUUUAUAGUUAACCCUUUUAUACCACUUUGCAAGAUGCCAGAGAAAUAUCUAGAUAGGAUCGAACAAUCCACUUAUUAGUAAAGCAAGGAUGCUAGAUUUCUUUAAAAAAAAAAUGCAUGUGCCCUGCCCACGGAAAUUUCGAUAAAAUAAGAACUAAUUCGCUUUUUUUUUAAAUAGUCUUCAUUUUUUUACAUAAUACAUAAUUACGUUUGUUGUUAGAAUUCAUUGCUUUUUCAAAUAAGUACAAUGUGAUCGCAGGCAGUUUUAAAAUCUGAAAGGCCCAGAGUAAAAGUUAUUGACGGGACGUGUUUACUGGAACUAAAAGAUUUAACUUGACCCCCAGGCAGCAGCAUUUAUUUGCUGGUUCGUUGCGCAAUAUUUGUAUGAUAGACA